AUGACGGUGGCCGUCUCAAAACCCACGGUAGUCGCCGUUGCGGCGACGACUGUAACUCCAGUCGAUGAGAUAGCAGUAAUUUGGCAGGAAGUACAGAGGAUGGUUAUCCGCAUGGCGGGAGGAGACGCCUCGAAGAUCAACAAACAACUCGACAUUGACGGGGUAAUGCAGUACCUAGAACAAGUGCAAGUAUCGGAUCAGAAAGCCGCCGAAAAGCACGGCACCGUUAAAAAGGUUUUCAACAGAACCCUACAGUGCAUUUCGAAGGUUGGAGGAAUUAUUGCUGAUGGAGCUUCCAACGUUUUCGGUCCUGCCAACACAUGUUUCAAUGCCCUGACCUUUGUCAUUGGAGCCUGGCAGUCUUACUCGGCCGCUUUCGAGAGUCUUGCAGCGCUGCUUGAGAAAUGUGCCGAGUUCUUUGAGCGCCUCCCUUAUUACGAUAUAAUGGAUGCAUCUCUCAAAAAGGUUGCCUGUUGUCAACUAAAACUUUUCGUGGAUGUGUGCGACAAGGCACUUCAACUGAAGCGUAAGAGGCGCAAGUUCGAGAUGUUUCUUCGUCACAUGUUCCUGGAAGAUGACGAUAUCAAAGACUUGUUAGGCCAGAUGGAGAAAUUGACUGCGAGGGAACACGGACUUGUAUCUGCCCAGACGUACAAAAUCAGCCAGGACGCUGCGCAAGCUAGUCAAGAGGCAGCGAAAACAUCAAAGGAGAGCGCAGUUAAGCUAGACACGCUGGUUGAGCAGACCACUGCCCAUAAGAAGGAGAAAACGGAGCAGAAGUUCAAGGACAAAGUUCAAGAGGCCUUUUUCGGCAAAAAUGCCAAGGAUGCUGUAGACAAGUGGGAGGCUCCUCUUCGGAAGUACAAGUCGGACCUGAUUGACGGAACUGGUGAAUGGCUGGACGACGAGCAGCUCUUCAUUUCGUGGAUGACUGGCGAUGACACGACUGAUCCGAUCUUGGGUAUCGAGGGCAACGAGGGAUCAGGAAAAACGCGAGUGGCUGCUCAUAUUAUUUCCCGCCUCCAGAAGCAAAAGACCGUAGGUGGCUCUAACACAAGAUGUGCUGUCGCAUACUAUUUCCUCGAGACAGACUCCAAGGAGGAUACCACAGCAGCCUUCAGAAAGAAGCAAGUCGCAGGACGCAUCUCAAAGAGCCUUCUUUGGCAGCUCACGCAAGCGGAACAGCCUUUUCUGAAGUCCGUUGCCGGCCUAUGCGAUAAAGUAAAGACGGAUGAUCCAGCUGAUAUUUGGCAACAACUCCUGCUUGAAAACGAAGACCGAGUCAAUAUUGAAAGCACAUUCUUCAUUGUCCUCGAUGGUCUUGGAGAAAAUCUAGACGGUCUCAUUAGUUUGUUCAAGAAGUUAUCAGAAGACCCGGCAAGAAUACGCACUAGAGUCUUAGUGACAGGAAAUGAGAGCGCCUUUGAACAGCUUGAGAAAGAAGAGGGUAUCAGAAUGAAGAAAAUGACACUCGGUACGCGCAACUCUAAGGAUGUUGAGCUCUACAUAGAGGCCCGGAUGAAUGACAUGGAAAUCUUGAGAGAUACAAGCAGACCGGGUGUUCUCGAUACCAAGAAGAUGGUCCUGGAAAAGCUUCUCAGUUCAACAAAUGGUGAUUAUUAUAUUACCAGCGCAGCACUUGACAACAUUGACCGUGUCGAUUCCCUCGAAGAAGUUGAGGAUUGUCUCGAAAAGGCCAGCGGGGCCAGGUCCAACCAAAUUCUUGAGGAUAUCAAGAGGCUCAACUUCACCAUGAAGCCAAAGGAAAUCGAGGAAAUCAACGAGAUCAUCCUCUGGAUCAAAUGGGGUAUUCGGUGGGUGACGCCAGCUCAUGUUGAAACAUCGCUGGAGAUGAAAGCGGAUCCUGAAUCGGCCAGUCGGCAGACGUCCCUUCGAUCACUGGAGUCAAAGAUCAAGUCGAAGUAUUCAUCGCUAUUCAGACUUGACGGGGAAACUAUUGACUUCAAAAUUGACGAAAUGAGAGAUAACAUUCCAACUCACAACAACGCCGAUCCGAUUCUACCCGAGGAGCUCAACAUAGUCAAGCACUAUCUCUCGACUGUUUGUCCAAGGGAUGUUUACGAAAAGUUUGGUUUCAACGACUUCUUUGAGCAGAAGAUGGAACGCAAGAAAAACUACAUUUGCCAAGACCCGAACAAUGCCGAAAUAACACUCGCCAUUAGGUGCCUCCGCUGCCUCGUAGACGAACAGCAAACGGCCAAGAACAGACAGUUUCGUACUUACGCAUCGGAAUACGUCUAUCAGCACCUCGAGAACGCUGACAUCUCGCUUGCCGAUCGUGAACUUAAAGCCCAGGCCGGGUCUUUAUUGGUCCGUUUGUUUACUGAGGAGGCUGCAAUUGAAGCUCUACUAACGCGAGAUUACGGCUUGGAUUGGGAGCAUAUGAGUGCCGAGAGUGACAAGGCCUUGCCUUCUAAUUGGGCCCCCUGGGUAUUCUCGGACUCUGGGAAGGACCUCUUCCGAAAGUGGUCACAGGACUCGUCAGUUCUGGAGUACCUCGAGGAUAAGAACGCGCUCAAAGUUCUAGCAAGCAAUGACGACUAUUCAAACAGCUGGUUCGAGACGGCUGCAAACCUGACCGCCAAGAGACUCCUCAAGCCGGUGGAUCGCGGGAGGGAAUUGGAGGAUGCAUUUACAUUGCUUUUAGGGCUCAUUAAGCGACUGAGCCAAACAGAUGAAGAAAGAAAACAAGAGUUCAAGAUCGAUGAAGAACGCCUUUGGCUGCCUACGAUGGAGGAUUUCAGUACUGUGGAAACCUGGGCAUUGAAGAGCCUUGGUUUGGAAGCAGACGACGCCGUAUGGCAGACUACAAUGGUAAAACUUCUCAACUUCUUGGAGAACGACGUAACAAUCACACCAAAGGACACUGAGACUAGGGCGAGGAGGACUCUCGAGACUUACCCAGACGACUGGGUCACGUUGUUCCUCUUGGCGCGGGGCUUGGAAUCCAACUCUGAAAGCAUUGAAAUGCUGGAACGACUCAUUGAACAGCUGAAGGACAUCAAGGAUGACCCCGUCUGGCGGUCCGACAAAGAGAACCUUGCGAUUUAUUCCGAUGUUAUAGAGUCCUUGGGUGACCGCUACUGGAACUUGCCCGGCGAUGAAAGUGCACAAAAGGCGGCCCAACUAUACCUGUCGGCUCUAGACGAGUCGCACACGUGGGUUGUAAACUAUGCCGGAAUCAUCGCGGUCAGCUUCUCGAGGCGACAGCUAUCUCGUCAGACCAUUGAAUAUUGCGAAAAGCUUCUCAGCCUCUACGAAGACGGCAUGACCGUGGCUGCUAAGGUGGUCUACCAGGGAAGCAAAAUCUACAUGAAGAUCUUUUGGGACGCUAUCAAGAAUGCCUGUCUUGAGACGGACCGCUGGGACAUCCUCACCGAGCUUUGGAAGGAAGGCGUCAAGAAGUCCGAAAGCCCGCCCCGGGAUCCUUAUUGGACGGCUCAAAUCAACAAAUGGUAUCAGAUCUGCAUGGCGCACCGGCCAGGCUACGAUAACGCUGGCAUUGGAGUGAUUGAGGCGUCGUUGAGAGAGGACUGGGUCAAGGACGGGGGCGGAAUGAACCUCAACGACUUUGCUUGUUUCAUCCUGCCAGUCUACACCAAACGAGCAUUUAGGGAAGAGUCCAGCCCGGAGACCAGGGGCAUCUAUGUUGAAAAGGCCAUGGCUCUGAACGAGCUCUUCAAAGGUGAUGUGAUACGGUACACCGAGACGGCGUUGAGAUUCGCACGGUUCUUCCAUCUCAAAGGGGACCACAAGACUGCCAAAUCACUCUUACGAGAUGAGGUCUCCCAGAUGCUCGAAAUGCUAUCCGACGACGACGUGGAGAACGACAGGGACUCUUUCCGGGUUCUAUCUGAAAUCUUUGUGGCCACAAAUGACAUUGCCAACAUGAUAGCGUGCUGGGAAAUGAUGUCCGUCUCGAAGAUGGCGGAAAUGGCUGAAUAUGAGCGGAAACUGGCUGAAUGGGAAAAAGCUACUGGAGAAGCGGUGGAGGGCGACGCCGACCACGAUGAUAUUUCCAACACGGAUGGAACUCUCGCCGAGCAGACGGCAUCCCCAGAGGAGCCUAUUUCUGAACAGCAAGAGCCUACCAGUGAAGAUAAGGAAGAGCCGGUGGCUCGGGAGGGAAGCUCUCACCCUGAGGACGAAUCUUCUUCCGAUCCAGCAAAUAUUGCUGAGAAUGAAACAUCGGUGCCAGAUGUCUCACCCCAGGAGACUGACAAUGCGAUCCUCAUCAAGCCUCAGAUGCCCGAUACCUCGCUCGGAAUCUGCUUCACGUACUGCGACACUGUUCUACAGUUUCCAAACAAAAUAUGGGUAUGCCUGGACUGCGUUGGUCAGAUCUGGCUUGAUGAAGACUGCUUUGCGAAAUUUGGUCCAAAGGGGGUGAAGAACAUCAGUUGCGGUGCGGACCACACAUUCAUCCAACUACCACCUUGCGACGAGGCGUCUAUCAAGGCAAUUCCUAGCGGCUCAAUCAGGGUGGACGGGAAGAUAAUCACCAUGGAAGAUUGGAAGGCAAGCGUGAAGGCCACUUAUGUGGAUGAUGUCGAGAUCGCUACCGUGUAG